GUCAAUCGUCACCAGCAUAUAAAACCUCACGAGCCCCGGCAGUACUGCUUCCGUUUCGCAGCCCCACGAGAAGAGAAUAAUGAGCCAACGGUUGGAGUAAAGCUAGCUUAUCGAUUAAAACAGGCUGGCAUAGAAAUUUAAUAACCUAAUUUUCGACUUAACAACUGCGCAUACUUUUCAAACAAAUCCUCCAAAUUACGAUGUAUCCCAUGUCAAGUCGCAGCUGGGGCUGCCUUAUUGUUCCUCAAAAUGGAGUCUCUGAUGGACAAAUGCUACUCAGGCCAGGACAUCCCUUCCUGCCGGUUGCAGUGGAUUCCCCAUCGGACCCUCACCACGCCAACGACGGGUCCAUUGAUGCGCAAAAGCGACCGAAAACCCUUCGAGUGGUUUCGUCAAAUGGAUACCCAGCCAAAUCCUUUCAGGAGGUUGUCGACGAUGCUAGCGACGGCUCUCUGCCCUGCACGCCGGAGCUUCAUUCGGACAGUGAAACGGACGUGGCCAACGGUCACGCCGGGGACAAAGUCUUGGAUCAUGACACGAGACAACUCAUUGGCAGGUUCUAUGGAGACUUUACAGGACUUUCGAAAUCAAGAUGGACUGAAAGCAAGGCGUUAACCACAAUGAAAAGAGUCGUGGGGGACGUAUUAGAAAAACACCAAUACGCUUACAAUGGUAUGAUAAACAAACUGUCACUGGACAGAAAAGGGGACGACAUGAGGUUCGUCAGCGAAGUCGCCAAGAGCCUCUUUGCAGACGGGACCACCAACUGGGGUCGCAUCGCCAGCCUGGUGGCCUUCGGGGCGGUGGUGUGCCAGCACCUUAAGGACAUGGGCAGAGAGAACUGCGUGGAGCUGGUGAGCCAGGAGAUUUCCUCAUGUCUCCUGACAGACCAGCGGGACUGGCUGGUGAAAAACAACUCAUGGGACGGCUUUGUGGAGUUCUUUCACGUCGCAGACCCCGAGUCAACAGUCAGGAACACUCUAAUGGCCUUUGCUGGAUUUGCUAGUAUUGGGGCAACACUGGCCCUGCUGAUCAGGUGAACUUGUUGGGACUAUCAGAGACUUGGUUUUGGAUUCUUCCUCUUUUACCAGCUGUGUUUGGACUCUGGAAGAUGGAAGUUUAAGCCGAAACCCCACCCCACUCACAUCUGUAAAAAUUGUUUUCAGUCGUCCCGGGAUGGCUGUUGUAUUUAAUACACAGAAAUUUUAUUUUUCUAAUAAAUGUAAAGUUUCUAAAGGAAUAACUGGUGAUUAUGGAAAUUCACUCUUCAGUUGGACUCUUAUACUGAUUCAAUUUAUCUACAUAUAUCACAGUUAUACAAUAGAAUAACCUGGACAUUUUAUUUUUUUCUUCAAAAUUUUCCCCAUGUCAUGUAGAAAAACAUUUUUUCUACAGUCCAUCCUAUGAUUUGCAUGGACAUUUCAAUCAACUGAGGGUGGAGUAGAGGUGCAGUUUCCUUAGUGACGUUCUUCCUUGUUCUGAUUGGAUCAUGCCGGAUACAGGACCAACUACAUGCUGGACUUCUGGUUUAAAUGACCCUGGACAGCUUGAGUCUGUUGGAAAAGACUUGACAGAGAUAGAAAAGACUGGAUCAUAGAAACUGUGCUGAUCAGUUUAGAAGUCAAAAGUCAUUUUGGAAGAAUUUCCUUCAGACAAUGAGGGUUCAGAUCCAGGUGUACACUAGUGGAAAAGGAUUAAUAAAAAGUCAAAGGAAAACUGGAAUUCAUAGCUUCUCAUAUGUUCUGCUCUGUGUUAGGUGAAGUGUGCAAAUGGCACACGCAUCACACCAAGCUAAAUGUACACAUUAAAAUCAAUCCACUAUCACACCUAUGCACUCGUUAACCUCUGUUUAUUCACGACCACAACCCAAAGGCGGCAAUGGCUGCCGUUUCCUCGAAAUCUUUGACUGUAGCAGCCCUCUAGUUGCAGCGGUUGCCGCAGAAACCUGUUAUUUGCAGAGCUGGUGCAGCAGCCAGACUGAACUGGGGUAGAAGCAGUUCAUAACAACCUCAGACUUGCAUAACACUGUUGACUUCCUGAGUUUGCAAUCUUUAGCUACUUGGAAACGGGUGAUUUUAAUCAAAUAUCCUGUUUCGUUGGAU